CUCUAGUUUUAUGGAUAUAUGGUUCCGGUUGUAACAGCUUUUGUGGCGAAGGACAUAAUAUCCUUGAUCCCAACUAGACCUAGAUUAAGGAAUUAUGACUGCUCCUUGUUAUCCUCCCUGAAAAAAUUAUGCUUUAUGCCCUUAGGUUCUAAUUUAUGCCUAUUUGUCAUGCCGUUGUUAUGUUUCUGUUUAAUGUUAAUUACUUUAUCUAUAUUCAUUUCAGUUUUUCCUUUCCAAAUGCAUCUGUAAGGCUUAGUGCUUGCUAGGUUCUUCCAGCCAAAGGAACUAAAAUCAGUGUGCCCUGAAAUGAUAUAUGUUCAAAGGGUCAAUAGUCAAGACUAGACCAAGGAAUAUGGAAUGCAAUCUGAUGCGUUGCUCGUAGUUAUUUACCCUU